UUGGCUUUGGCGUAUCGUCAUCCGGAGUUUGUGUUUACGAAGCGCAAAUUUUCGUUUUACCCCGAACGGGAUCCGUUUACGAGCGUAUACUCGCGUGUUUACGACUACUACUAUGAGGGAUAUCCUUGCGCGCUCUCGUCCGCGGAAGUCUGUGUGCAUAAGACCGAAAAGAAAAUUUUCCCGUUGAAAGUGUCCGUGCGAGAGGUGGGAAGAAUUUCCCGAUGUUUCUCGUCCGCUUGGUUAUUUAUGAUGCAUGGUCGUGGCUUCACCGUAUCGGUAGUUCUGCUGUUGUCCAUUCUCGAAGCAUCCACCAAGGCGAGACCGCAAAAGAGCACCUGCAUCUUCUUGGAUGACCGAAUCACGUGCAAAAAACAUCUACCCAGCCUGGAAUACCCGGUGAAUAUAACAAACUUAGAAUUACGAGACAUCGAUUGGUUGGAGUUGGACCUAAGCAAUCUGGUUGCUAAAUUUCCAUAUGUCAAAAACGUGACUGUGAUACAUGGUAGGAAUAUAACCAAACUAGUACCGCCGCCCAUCGAGAAUAAUAUACAGAUUUUAAUUCUCAACAAUCUAAGACUCAAAAGAAUAAGAAAAGAAUUCUUCAUAAACUUAACCAAACUGGAGGAGCUCAGUCUCAAAUACAACAAUCUGAAGAAUUUGCCCAAGCAAAUACAUCUCCCAGCAAUCAAAAAAAUAUAUUUGUCAGGCAACAAAUGGAACUGUUCGAUGAAUCUGGAUUGGGUUCUGGAACUCAACGAAACUGUAGUCCAAGAUCUGAGAAAUCUCACAUGUCACGAAGAACCUCAUCCAGGAAAAUCACUCCUAGAGGUGGCGGAAUUUAUGAGGGAUAUAGAAGAUGAAUGUCCGCAGAAAUGUUCGUGUUCUAUGCCCAAAGUAGUCAUAGAGCCCGAGACGGAAAUUUUAGAACCCAUCAUUUCCGUGGAUUGCUCCUACAGGGGAUUUACCGUGUUCCCGGAAACCUUACCAUCGAAAACGAAAACUCUUUAUCUUCAAGGAAAUGAAAUAAGCAAUGUUUUGCCGCUUCGCACGAACCCAUUGUACGAGAAUGUUCUCGAUAUGUUUUUGGAUUAUAACAAAAUUUCCUCGAUCGAAGAACUGGAAGGUUCGGCUUGGUUGACCCAUUUCAGGGUUUUAUCUUUGAGAGGAAAUAAACUUUCACAGAUACCAACUUACGCAAUCGAUAACGCCCUUCAGCAGAACUCGAACAUGCCGAACGCCGUUCGAUUACGCUUAGGAGGUAACCCGUGGAGGUGCGACUGUCCAUUUACCCCUGUUUUUCAAGAAAUGUUACAAAAAUUCGCCCAUCAAAUAAAUGACAUAAUGGAAAUCAAAUGUUCCUACGUGGAGGGAGAUGAAAAUUCUAUGGUUCCAAUUGUUGGUCUCUCUCGAAGUUCUCUGUGUCGAUUUCCUUCAGAAUACAGCGUUCAAGCCUUGGAUCUCAUAAAUGUGAUUUUAGUGUUCCUUAUAAUUAGUGUUUUGACCAAAUUGGCUUAUGAUUAUUAUCACUUCAAGAGAACCGGUCGUGUACCUUGGAUAGUAACCAAAAUGCCAUAAAACUUUCCUUUGUAAUGAUUGAUAAUAAAAAAAAUUACGCUUA